UAGAUGAUGUUCUCCAAUUGCUUUCUUUAUCUCCUCCUGGCGGCCCCAGCCUUAGAAUUGUUCCCUAUGGCAGCAUGCAUAUUUCAACCACCGCUACCGCAACAGCCACCGCCACAGCCACCUCCAGUUCCAGAACCACCAGUGUGUCCACAAGCAGGUCUCCUGAACGAGAAGCUUCAGAACUUAAGUACGACACUCAGUGCCCUUAACUCCGGGCUUGAUUGCGUCUUCAGCAUCAUCGACGAGCAGUGUCCAUGCUUUGAUGCUGGCUCCGCAGACUGCUUCGAAACACAAGUUUCCGACUUCAGAACUGCUUUGCAAGAGCUGAUUGCUGAUGUCGCAAAUGUCACAUCCAGCGUCCCACAAGACUGCCCGGACCGUACUGGUGCGGUCUUCGUGGCUACGUGUGAUGGAACUGAUGUUGCUGUGGUAGAUCCAAAUUGUUUCAUCCAAAACGGCUUCACAACAGACACUAAUGUAACCAGAUGGCCUGUAUAUACCAACGGUGAUACCUAUGGGUUUGACUACUUUAGAAACGACCCGUUUGUCGUUCGAUGUCUCUCCACGCCUGAUGGAACGGAAGUUAUAUUAGGCAGUGAUACUGAUUCUCCACUAACGACGACAGCAAGAGGAACUGGCAUUGCUUACAAUCCUGUCGGGGCGGUCGGGUAGCCUAGUGGUUAAAGCGUUCGCUCGUCACGCCGAAGACCCGGGUUCGAUUCCCGACAUGGGUACAAUGUGUGAAGCCCAUUUCUGGUGUCCCCCGCCGUGAUAUUGCUGGAAUAUUGCUAAAAGCGGCGUAAAACCAUACUCACUCACUCACUACAAUCCUGUCACAGAAGAAGAUUAUGUAGCCAUUUCUUUCGACAACGAGACCCUAAAUGGCAUCUAUGCCUUCAACAGGACCUCCUCUCCAAUAAUUACCUUGGUCUCCUCAUAUGACGGCCCUACUGGACAGAUACAGAUUGUUGGCAGUCUUGUGUACAUGGGUGAUGGUCAGAAGAUCGUGAUAAUACCAACUAUCGGUAACCCAGUGCAAGUGCUGAAGUUUUCAACAUCAAUUCUGUCGUUUCUAGUAACCAAUGAUGGUAGAAUAGUGUUUUGUGAUGACGCUGGCGCCAUUUGGAUAUACGACCCUUCAAACCGAACAUACAGGCAGCUGAGAGAGCCAAAUGAAGAAAAGUUCUGUCAUUCAAUGACAGGCAAUCCCUGCGAGUCCCUUCUCUACGUUGCAAACAGGAACUAUGCGUAAGUAAAUAAUCUCCAUAUGAUAGGAGCAGAUAUGUGAUAAUACAGUUAGAUAAAACGAACAUCCUUACUUCAAAAUUUGGUAUCUGAAAUGUUGACAACAAUUAGAGCCAAUACAUUGUCAUGAUAUUUCACUCCUUGAGCUUCUUUAUUUCAGAUUAGGUUUGAGAGGCGAUGUGAUGGAGUUGCAACUUGUGUACAAAUAUUUUUGACACAUAAUCCAUUACUUCAGGAUCCAGUUUUAUUUGUAGAGUCCAUCUGAAAUAGGUAUUACUCUGCUUUCAUCAGUAUGUUUGCAACAAUCUAUUACAUUUAAUGUAACUAUUUGAAAACGUCUUCUUUCAGAGAUAUUGAGAUCUACAACAUUACAUCAUUUGAAUUAGAUAGAACACUAGACUACACCUUGUCGACUCCAUCUUCAUGUCCGUCCAUUGGGGUUGAUCCAACAUUCUGGUAUGAAAUAUUAACAUGGAUGAGUAAACGAAGCAUUGUUGAGAUAACACAACUAACAAUAACAACGACCAAGUAAUCAACUAUUAUUAGAACAUAGAGUUAGACAAUAUUACUUUUCUACUUAUAGCAAUUGCAUUUCAAACAGCUUUAAUAUGUUGCAUUAUAAUUAUUGAACAGUGAUUGUGAGUGUUAAUUCCUCUAAAUAUAGUCCACUGAUAUGUUUGGAACAGUGGCAUCCAAACAUAACAGAAAAGGAAUUAAAAUCUUUCACAAUUAGAUGUGUCAGAGAUUUUGAAGGGGAAGGUAUAUAUACUCAGUCAAAACACCAUAAAUUGUAAUUUUGAUGUUUAUUUUCAUGUUUUCAUAUUGCAGCUGUCCAUAAGCGGAAUCCGAUGACGGUGUGUUAAGUUUUGUUUAUUUUUAUUGAAACCUCUGAUCGAAGAUAUCCUUUCCCUUUAGUAUACCUUCUUAUUGUAAUGUAUGGUAACUAAGUAUCCUCUGUAAUCCAUGGUUUGCAUAAAACUGAUAAUUGGUAUAAUGAGCAUUAUUUGUGUUCAUAUGUGAGUCAGGGAGAAUCAAUACAUUCACUUGCAAAU